CUCCGGCAAAUGCCACGUUGUGUGGCUCUGCCUGCGGCCCACAGUGGGCCAGAACCUGGCCCAGGGUCCGGGGCCUGAGGGCCCCAGGUCUCCGCAUUUUCUCAGUGGACAGAGAACCAGCCGGUGGGCAGGAAGGGAAUUUUCUGAAACUCGGUGGAUCAGAAAUGUCUGGUUGACAGCAGGGAGCGGGCCGAGCAUGCAGUCGCCAGCAGAGAAGGAGGCCGGGCUCCGGGGCCCGCGGGAGCGAACCGGCAAGGGGUCCCUUGAGGAACGCGCCCGGGGGGCGCCCGCGGCGCAACCCCCCAAGCCAGGGUGGGCCCUGACGCUGGAGGGGCUGGCGGCCAUGAGCCCCGCGCAGCGUCACCGCCACCUGCUCUUCGGUGACCAUCUUGAGGACGUGGGCGCGGCCGCCUCUAUCUUCCCGCGCGAGUCAGUGGAGCUGGGGAGCCGUAUGCCCGACCCGCGUGCGUGGACGCAGUCACCGGAGCCGCCCGGCGUGCGCCAGGACCGGCUCCUCGGCGUCCUCAAGGCAGCCGAGGCCCGGGGACGAAUCCGCGCCUUGCGGCUGCGCUACAUCCGCAUGCGGGCGGAGGAGAUCUCGCUCCUCACCUCGCAGCAGAAGUCCGCGCGCGCCGCCAUCCGGCUGGAGCUGUUCCUACCGCCGCAGCUGAAGCCCACGCGGAUCCCGGACCCCCUGGAUCGUCAAGAGAGGAGGCGCGUGGAGACCAUCCUGGAGGAGAAAGUUGACGGCAGCGUCUUCCCACGUUGAUGCGGCCCCACCCUUCCACAUAAAGUUCUCACGAGAUCUGGAGGGUCUCACCCGGGCUGUGAGUGAACACAGUGAGUGUCCCAUAAGGGUAUGGUCACUCUGCAUCAGGCAAACACAAGAGGACAGAGGCACAAGACAGACACACAAAGCCCUGAGAAGACCAGCAAGAGGCCUCACAGGCUCACCGGAGGAGGUGCAGGAGACCCAGAAAGGCCAGGGCAAGG